ACUCCAACAGGUUACGAACUACGCCUUCUCCGCGGCACAUUUUUUUUUUUGAAUAAUAAUAAAAUAAAAAAACUCUUUCUCUCCCCUGUUCUUCAGCUUUCUCUCUCCCGAAACUUUUCUUCUUCGAAUCAGUUAUCACUCGAACUGAGGAGUAUUCUGAUAGUCUGCCACACACGCUCAGUUACAUUCAUUUACUCUGAACUGAGGAGUUUCAGGAAUUUCAGACUGGAUUGGAUUUGAUUUGCUGGAACGAUUAAUUCUAGAAGGUUUAGUUUGCCAAUGAUACAAAGAUGAAGAAACUAUUCUUUUUUAGAUCAAGUGCUUCUAGUGGCGGAAACAACAUUUCCCCACCAUCAAAGGACAAACAGUGCAAUUGGGAAAAACCAGCAGACACUUUUGAGAAGUCUCGAAGUAGAAAGCAAAGUUCAGAACAUCAUCAGAGUAUUGGUGCCACCCCAACUCUUAGGAGGAGUCUAUCAUUUUCAUCUGCAUCGGUUAACAAUGAUGAUUUGCCAGGAUGGAACUUUCAGGAUGAAAGUGGAUCCCCAUGUCGUGUUAACCAUUUCCAACAUAGGAAAUCAGGCCGUCGUCCAGCUCGAGACAGGGCACGUUUUCCUGAGAGGCAACUCCACACGAAGCCCACAAAUGGUGUUGAAACUUCUCACAGAGUGAGGAAUGAUUGCAGUUCUUCCUUCAUACCACCCAAUGACAUUUCUGAGAGCUCUUCCCACAGCUCGAGCAAAGUUUUAGAUCGUUACAUUGAUGGGGAGCAAGAGUAUGAAAAGAGUGGACCAACCCACGAUUUGCCUCCAAGAGUCCAUCAUAUUCCACCUGCUUCACCACCCAAUAUUAAGAAACAGAAGCCUAAAUCUCAGUCUUUCAGGGAGACCGCAUCAAGUCAUUUAUAUCUAUCUUCUUGGGAGUUGAUGGAAACUGGUUUUGGACAUGACUCUCCUAGAAAACUUGCUAGAAGAGUUGUUGAGAGGCUUUCUAAUUCUCAAUUGCUUUCUGAGAAGAAUUCAAAAGAAUAUGAUCUUCAUGCUCCAAUAACAAUAGAAGAUAUAUAUACAGGGAAUGUAAGCAGACAUCCUAACACAUAUUCUGAUGUUGCCUCUCAGAAUCAUUUCUCAAUAAAUGGCGAAUCGGUUCCAAGUUCACAAGAAAGGAACUUUUUCUCAAGUGCUAAUUGCAGCACUAAAGGGAAUCAUAAUGCUGUGGAGGAUUCAGAGUUUGAACUGUAUAAAAAAUUAAAAGAAGCUGAUGCACAGACAACCAUGAUCUCUGAAGAUCUUGAAGAUUUGAACUUGUUUCAUUGCAGUGAACUUAGUGUCCCUGGAUUGAUCCAGAGAAUUAGAGAUCUGACUGAAGAAAAGUUAAAAAUGGCCAUUGAGGUUUCCGUUGCAUUGAAAGAUCAAAUUUCUGAGAGAGCUUCUGCUAAAGAAGAAAUCAGAUCGUUACGAGAUAAACUAGAUUCACAAACUCGAAGAUUGGAGAUGGAGAAGAAUGACUUGCAGUCCUCACUAGAAAAGGAGUUAGACAGAAGAUCAAGUGAGUGGUCCAUGAAACUUGAAAGGUACCAGAUGGAAGAACAUCGGCUUCGUGAAAGAAUCAGGGAUCUUGCUGAGCAAAACGUUUCUCUUCAAAGGGAAGUGUCUUCCCUUAGUGAGAAGGAGGAGGGGAACAGGAAUAGGAUUUCAUAUUCAGAAAAACAACUUGAUGAUCUUACACUGAGGGUUGAGGAGAAAAGAGACGAGAAUAUGAUUUUAGAGCAAAAUGUUCAUGAACUCAAAGAGAAGUACAAGAUAGCACACCAGGAGCAUGAUUGCAUCCGAAGGAACUACGAGGACAAGGUGAAAGAGUGCAAAGAUUUACAUAGAUCUAUUGCUAGACUACAAAGGACUUGCAGUGAACAAGAGCGGACAAUUGAUGGACUUCGAGCAUUCUACGAGGAAGUUUGCAAGAAAAACACAACUGGGGAGUUUGAUAGUGAAUUGACAAAGUUGAGAAGGGAACAUUUGAGGUUGGUAGGAGUGGAAUGUGGUCUAAGGAAGGAAGUUGAGUCUUACAGGAUUGAAGUUGAUUCACUUCGGCUUGAAAACAUACGUUUAUUGGAACGCUUAAAAGGAGGCGGGUUAGAGGCAGGAUUCUCAACUUUUAAGCUAGAUCAAGAAUUGCAAAGCCAUGUAUGCUGCUUGGAAACACAAGGAUUGUCUUUACUUAAAGAGAGCACCCAUCUUUGUGGAAAGCUGUUAGAUUGCAUCAAAGCUAAUGCAGGGGACAUGUUGAAGGAUGGGCAUGGUUGUUUAGAUGGAGGAUUGGAUGGUCAGUUUAUUGUUGAAUCUGAUGUUAGGAUCCUUGGUUUUCGAAGAGGGGUUGAGAAUUUAGCGAGAAGCUUACAGAAUGUAAUGGAUGUGUAUCAUGAUAAGUCUGAAUCACAGUUGCCUAGUUUAGAGAGUAAAAUACACCAAUCAAAUGAUCAGAACCCGGAAGAUAUCAUGCAGUCUGAGCUAAAAGCAGAGACUUUACUUACAAGUUUGUUGCGGGAAAAGCUUUAUACUAAAGAAUUGGAUAUAGAGCAACUUCAAGCUGAACUGGCAGCUUCUGUCAGGGUUAAUGACAUGCUAAAAUGUGAAUUGCAAAACACACGAGAUGGCCUUUCUUGUGUUACCCACAAGAUGAAAGACCUUGAACUUGAGAUGAUCAAGAAAGACGAAAACAUGAAUCAGCUUCAGAAUGAUCUCCAAGAAUGCAUGAAGGAAUUAGCAGUUUUGAAGGGGAUACUACCAAAAGUAACUCAAGAGAGAGACUUAAUGUGGGAGGAGGUUAAACAUCACAAUGAGAAGAGUAUGCUGAUGAAUUCCGAGAUGAAUGCGUUAAAGAAGAAGAUGGAAACACUGGAUGAAGACAUACUCCUCAAAGAAGGUCAGAUCACUAUCUUAAAAGACACACUUGGCAAGCAUUUCGACCUUCUCUCUAGUCCCACUGGUUCUACAAAAGACUUUUUGCUUGAUUGUACUUGAUUUUUGGACAUUUAUCAGCUGUGAUUAUACACUUGUAUAUUGCUUGAUUUGCUUGUUUGGAACUAUCAGUAUAGAUCCAAUACAAACUUCAGAUUUCUGAUCAAACAUAUGGCUUCACAAUACCUUUUUGAGCCAAAAAAUCUUCCAAAGGGAGGUUUUCUUUAUAUUUGCACUUCUAUUUCAUUAUCCUAUUUCUAAACAAGUGAGGAAUUUUCUGCUUGGAAAGGACAUUUUGAAUGUACGAUUUUUUUUUUGAUAUUUUGUUAGCUUAUAGUAGCAGUUGUAAUGCUUUGCGUAUUCAUACAUUGUAAAUGAUUCAGAACGGGAAUUCCCUCAUCAUGGUCAAUACCACAAGGCAGGUAGAAAGCCUACAGUAUGGAGAAAAUUGUAUCCCCCUAGAAACAAUAUUAUCAUGUUGGACACAGUGAAUAGCGGAUAAAGAAACUUUAUGGUCUCUUUUGGCUCGCUCAUUAGCCAGGAAGCCAUGGAAAUAUGGCAAACAUCAAGCUUUGGGUCAAUCGAUAUUAAAUCUUUUAUUAGUCGUACUGUAAACCCAUUUUUCCUAUAUAAUUGAUGAUUGUUGACUAUAUGGAAUACUUAAUCUGGAAAUGCCUACUUAGGCCAUCUCCAACAGUUUACAUCAUUUUUUGCACUAAAAUGGUGUAAACAUCACAUCAUACAGUACUUUAUGAUGUACUUUACCUCCACAUCAUACUAAAAAGGAAUAUUCUUUUUUUAUUCCUUUUACUAACUAUUUACCAUUAUAAUACUGUAUUUAAUUAUCUAAUUAUCAUAUAUUUAUA